AUGCUUAGCAUUCAUUCCAUUUUCCUGGUCGUUCUUUUUCUCGCAACAGUCUUCGCCUCGCCAGUCAGGUUAAAACAAAAGCGUUCAUUUAAAGUCCCUCGUAUACAGCAGCACAAUUACGUCCCUAACGGCAAAGCGGCCUACCGCAGAGCCCUCGUCAAGUUUGGACUUGGCGACAUUCAAUUUUUGCCCGAUGGGGAGGUAGCCACGCGGAUCGCGGCAGCGACUGAAGCUCAGAUCAAUGGAGACGGCGAGGACGGCGAGACGACUGCCUCACCCACCCAAAACGAUGCUCAAUUUCUGUCGCCGGUUAAUGUUGGAGGCCAGACCCUGAUCAUGAACUUUGACAGUGGUUCAUCGGAUACGUAUGACAGACCCCUCCCCACGCAGUUCCACAAACGCAUCACAUAUUAUAUGAGACUAACCAGGCCACCGACACACAGUUGGGUUUUCAACACCAACCUCCCCGCCUCCUCUCAGCAAGGCCACACAAUUUACGACCCCACCCAAUCAACCACCUUCUCAAACGCGCUUGAUGGCUCAACCUUCAACAUCACCUAUGGCGAUGGCUCUUCGGCAUCCGGUCCCGUGGGCGUUGAUGAACUCGACAUCGGUGGCGCCACCGUUGCCGCCCAGGCAAUCGGUCUCCCAGACACCGUGGCCGACAGCUUCGUGACGGACUCUGCGUCGAAUGGACUUGUCGGUCUCGCAUUCUCCCAGCUGAACACCAUCGAGCCUCAACAGCAGAAGACUUUCUUCGACAAUAUCCUCCCCGACCUGACCUUGCCCGUGUUCACGGCGCAACUCAAGUCCGGCGAAGUUGGGUCCUACGAAUUCGGCAACAUCGAUCAAACAGCAUUUACUGGCCAGCUGACCACCACACCCGUCGACUCCUCACGCGGCUUCUGGGAAGUCGAUUCUGCAAGCUUUGCCGUCCAAGGCGUCCAGGAGACAGGCCAAAUUGCCAAUGGCAAGGCCAUCGUCGACACGGGCACCUCGCUCAUGCUGGUGCCUGACGAGAUGUUGGUGGCAUACUGGAAUACUGUCGACGGGGCGCAGCUGAGCCAGGAUGCCGGCGGGGUUAUCUUCCCCUGCGACACUGCGUUGCCAGAUCUGCAGGUUGCCAUCGGGGACAGCUACAUGGCCACCAUUUCCGGCGAUGGGAUGAACUUUGCAAACGUCGGCAGGGACACUCAGACGGGACAGCAGUUCUGCUUCGGUGGCCUGCAAUCCAACCAGGGCAUCCCCUUUGCCAUCUACGGCGACGUCUUCUUCAAGUCUCAGUUCGUCGUCUUUGACGGGUCCGGACCCUCAAUCAGCAUCGCACCCCAUUCUUAG